UGUGAAAUGUGAUGGCGUGUACUUCCGGCGACGACGUUGUCAAAUGUCAAAAAUCCGAACUAAAAUUUAACAAUGCCGGCGAAAAUGCAAUUUUGUUUUAUUUUCCUACUAUGUGGACUUUUAAUAUGUAAAGGUGUUAUUGUUGAUACAGUGUCUAGUGAUGUUAAGUUAAAAAAUGUAGACCGAACAGUGAAUAUUGCGUCUCAACUCGUAAGAAUUACAUCCAAAAUAACCCUACAGAAUGAUGGUAAAUCACCGCUAAGGAACUUCUUGGUAGCAGUAGAGGCUUCACAGAAGAGCAACUUGGCAUUCAUCGGUGCUAAGGAUAGUAACAACAGAGAGCUACGACUUAUGGACACAACAGUGAAAGGUUACGACAAUGCGCGAUUUUGGCGUGUAGAACUGAAAGAGGGUGUCGGGGCGGGUUCCACUGCUGUUUUUACUGUUGAAUCGGUUUACACUAAAGCGCUACAGCCCUAUCCCACUAGCGUUACUCAACAAGAAGAUCAGUUGGUGAAGUACAUUGGUAACUUAUAUGUGUACUCUCCCUACCCAAUUGCAUCCCAAAAGACGACUGUAGUCAUGACGACGAAAAACGUAGAGUCUUUUACUAAACUUAAACCUUUUACGCAGCAAGAUGGAAACAUUAUCUACGGUCCAUAUACAAAUGUUGGUCCAUUCAGUGAAAAGGAAUUAUCUGUUCACUACAAGAACAACUCGCCAUUUUUGACUGUUACUCGUGUUGAAAGAUUAAUUGAAGUAUCUCAUUGGGGAAACAUAGCUGUUGAGGAAGUCAUCGAGAUUGUACAUUCUGGAGCAAAGUUGAAGGGCCCAUUUUCUCGUUAUGAUUACCAACAGGACCAUCACAGCGGGCCUGCAAGUGUACGGUCAUACAAGACUUUGUUGCCUGCCUCUGCUUCAGAUGUGUAUUAUAGAGACACCAAUGGCAACAUAUCUACCUCCAAUAUGAAGGUCAAGAAGGAUUCUGUAGAACUUGACCUAAGACCUAGAUACCCUCUCUUUGGAGGCUGGAAGACUCAUUACACUCUAGGCUACAAUGUACCUAGCUAUGAAUAUUUAUUUAGCUCUGGAAAUGAUUUCUUGCUGAAGAUGAGGGUUAUUGACCACAUAUUUGAUGAUAUGCAAGUUGAUGAAGUGAUAACCAAGAUCAUUUUGCCAGAGGGAUCUUCCAAUAUCAAGCUUAACUUGCCAUACCCUGUUACAAGGUUGCCAGACAGUCUUCACUAUACUUAUUUGGACACCAAGGGUCGCCCAGUGAUUACUUUCAAAAAGGAGAAUGUUGUUGAGAAUCACAUUCAAGAUUUCCAACUUCGUUACACAUUCCCAAGAUUGCUGAUGUUACAAGAACCUCUUUUAGUUGUAGGUUUCCUACAUGCACUAUUCCUUUUGGUCAUUAUUUAUGUAAGAUUAGAUUUCUCUAUUCACAAGGCUGAGCACCCACACAAGGACUAAAUAAUUUAAUUUUAUGUUACACAUUAAUAUAUUCAGUAUGUUUGAAUCAUCUAGUUUUGUGCAUUUCUAUGUCUCAAAUGUGUGAGAAAUAAAUAAUAAUAAGUAAAUUGCUA